AAUCCGUAUAUAAAUCGAAGCUUUUGCCGAAUGUGGCAUAGAAAUCGAUCAGCUCUCCAGACAAGAGCAUUACAAAUCUUGUGCUUAAGAACAAAAAAAAAAAAGAACAAUUUCCAAGAUGAAAUUCAUCGUGUUGGUUCUCUUCUGCGCUAUUGCAUACGUUUCUGCUCAAGCUGAAUUGGAACCCGAGGAUACAAUGGAUUAUGUCCCGUCUCGUUUCCGACGACAGAAUGAUCCUCACAGAGGAACCAUCACCGUUCAGGGAACUCAAGUGGGAAAAAAUCGUCCAUCCUUGGACAUUGACUACAAACAUCGUAUCUACGAUAAGAAUGGAAUGACAGGAAACGCCUAUGGUGGAGUAAAUAUUCGUCCUGGAGAGCCUAGUCGACAACAUGCUGGAUUCGAUUUCGGGAAAGAAUAUAAGAAUGGUUUCAUCAGAGGACAAGGUGAAGUUCAACGUGGCCCUGGUGGCAGACUUUCACCAUUCGUUGGAGUAAAGGGUGGAUUUAGAUUUUAAGAUAUAAAAUACGAUAAAUUGACGAUAAAUUAGAUUUCGUACUAUUUAAUAAUUAUUUAUUCCAGUAAUGCA